AAGCUAGCUAGAGCUAUUAUGGUUUGAGAAAGAUCAAAAGAGAGAAUCUUUCUUAAACAGAGAAGAAAAGAGAGGAGAGAGAAUAGGUCAUCAGCUAGCUCUAGCCAUAGCUAGUUUACAGUCUUUGCUUCCUAAACGAAACAAAGGUGUAAUUUCAUUAAAUUUUGAAGGAGGAGGAAAAGAGAGAAGUGUUGCGUGCAUUACGGUCUAAUCCUGUUCCAUUUUUGGGAGGAAAAGCGAAUCUCUUCCUAUUUCCUCUCUACUGUUCCCUCCUUCCUGUUCCCGUCCAAUUUCGCCUACUAAUUUCACUGCUACCCAUUAUUCAUCCCAUUACCAUCUUCCUGCUUUUCUUUUCUGUUUCAAAACAACCCUCAUCCCAUUUCCUCAAAACCCAUUUCAAUUCAUAGCUUUCUGUGGAUUUCUAGUUCAAAAACAAUGGAGGGUUUUGCGCCACAGUUACUGGAUCUAAUACCCAAAGAAAAAAAAUGGGUUCUUGAAGAAGAUGAAGAAAAAAACUAUGAUGAUGCAGAGAAAAAAUUAGUCCUAAGGCUUGGUCCACCAGUUGAAGAAGAAGUAGAAGAAGAUUGGAGACUGAAGAACAACAAUACUUCAGGAGCUAAAAGGGUAUUCUCAGAUAGAAAUGGUGGUGGAGGAGGACAAAACCAGAGUUUUAAUUCAUGGCAGAAGACAAAUCCCCCAUUUCUUCAGCUUCAUCAAUCAAAAACCAUAAUGGAAUCCUCACAGCAGCAGCAACAGCCCUGUAGCUCUAAAGCAAAUGAGAAGAAUCCAUUUUCACCAUCUCCUGCAAAUAUUACAGCUGUUGUUCCUCCUACCAGCUCUUCACAGAAAAGAAGUGCUGCUCCAGUAGUGGGAUGGCCUCCAAUAAGAUCAUUUAGGAAGAAUCUCUCAACCAACUGUUCAUCAAAGCCAGUUUCUGAGGAACAAGGUUCAAAGCCAACCGAUAAAGCAAUCGGAAAACAAGUUGAAAACACCAAGAACGGUUUCUUUGUGAAGAUUAACAUGGAUGGGGUGCCCAUAGGAAGGAAAAUUGAUCUUAAAGCUUAUGACAGCUAUGAUAAGUUGUCUUCUGCUGUUGAUGAAUUGUUUAGAGGUCUUCUUGCAGCUCAAACUCAAAGUGAUUCCUCUGCUGAUAGGAUGAUCAAAGAAAAAAUUGAAGGUGGGAAAAUGAUUACAGGUUUGUUGGAUGGAACUGGAGAAUAUACCCUUGUUUAUGAGGAUAAUGAAGGUGAUAGAGUUCUUGUUGGAGAUGUUCCUUGGCACAUGUUUGUUUCAUCUGUUAAAAGACUUCGAGUCCUUAAGAGCUCCGACAUACCAAAAUUGUUCUUUGUUGGGAAUAAACAUGGAAAAACAACAACAAUCAAUGGUACAUUUGGAUGAAGGAAAGAAGAAACAAUUGGACUUUUGUUUUGUUUUAUGCUUUUCUAAGUUUCUAAUACUCUAAUGUAUGGUUUAAGCAGUCUUGUUUGUUUUGUGGAUGAAUUUGGGUGGAUGUUUGAGAAUAUUGGAUGUAUGAAAAAGGACACCAUUAUCUUGUUCUUUUUAAUGUUUUUUUUUUUUUUUUUUUUAUGAAUAAACAUAAUAUUGUGAAUGGGAAUAAAGAUGAAUCCUCCCAUUGUUGA